GCAGGGGGCAGGGCAUGGUAAUGCUCCCAGGGUCCACUGUCGGAUGGGAAAGGUGGGUGAAGGCGGCAAGAAAAUCCCCAAGAAUUCAACAGAGCAUUAGAAGAUUAAGCUCUUUUUUCCUACCCCCAGGAAAGCCUAGGUAACACUGCUGGUCCCCAGGGACCCUCCUGACAAGGCGGGCUGUAGGUUCAAGGGGCUCCUUUCUGAGCAGGCAGGCCUGGCCCCUCAGCUUCAGGCUGCUGUCCCCACAAACAACCCAGCCACCCAGCCAGUGGCAGCCGCAGGACCUGUCCACAGCUGGCUCUGCUGUCCUGUUUGAGCACACUGUGUCUGGAAACCAAGAGUGGGGGCCAGUAUCCAUUCCAUUCCUCUUGGCGGGCACCCUCCCAAGACUGCCCAUGAAAUGGGAGAGCAGGCGACGUGGGUCCAGUGUCCGGCAAAGUGGGAACAAAGGGCCCUCUGUCUUUUCUCCCCCACCUUCCUGGGCAGCAGGCCUGUGUCCAGCUCUUUUGAACCAUGUCCUGGCCUCAUCUAAACCGUCUCUCUGUGGUGCUGAGACAAUUUCUUGUCCCUGAGUCAGGUCCUUAGAAAUCUGCGCCACCCCCGUGACAAUGACCAGCCUCCUAUCUCGGUGGCCCCAGGACAUCUCACCCACCAUGAAAGAGCAGCUUCUGAGGCCUCCUUGGGGAUUAAGCCCUCAGAGGCCAGGCCGGCUCCACCAGCCCUGCCCUGUGCCCCACCCCCACCUGGUGAUUACCUAACAAUCCCUUGCAAGAGCUCACAAUGCUGCAGCUGGUCAUGAGGGUAGGCUUUGUGACCCGGGGCAGGACUGGCUCUUGGGGGGGCUGGCUCAAAGACAUCGGGCGGACAUAAGCCUCCCCAACACCAAUGAGCUCCCCCUCCCCUCCCCCUAAUCCGUCCCCUACCCAGUCCCCUACCCAGUCCCGAUCCAACCACACCAACCAGCAGCCCCACGCCAGCGCCAGUGGCUCAGCCCCUUCCCCGUCCCCCACCCGGGGGUCUUCCUCCCGUCCCCCCUCUCACCCUGCCACCCCAAAUGCCUCACAGCCCUCUUCCCGGGCUUCCUCCGUGACCCCUAGCCCUCAUGUCCAGCCUCGAGGGUCUGCCCAAAGCGUCACUCCACCCACCUCCAAAUCUCCCUCCCAAUCUGGCUUAAAAUCUCUCUCUCGAAACUCUUCCCAAACCCCCCCUGUGCCCGGCGCCCAGUCCCCGUCCCACAGCCCUGCACCCUCGGCUUCCUACAUCGGGCCCAUUCGGGGCAUCCCGCCCUACAUCGCCCCCUAUGUGCCCCGCUUCCUGAAGGAGCCCCCCUUCUUCCAGCCUCCUACUUCACCACUCCCCCAAAACCAGUGCUUCCCCUGCUCCUUCCCCUGCCCCUCCCAGAACCGGGAGCGCGCCCCCCCUGCAUCUCUCUACUUCCCUCUCCUCCCACCCCCUCCCCACCACCCGGUCAACUGCUCCUACCCGACUCCUCCCGCUCUGUUCACACCCCCCUCCUCUCUCACGUACACCCCACCCUUGGAGGUCCUGGUGGGCGGGAAGCCGCACGUGGUCCCCACGGUGCUGCCCCCCACCUUCUACACCCCCUUCUCCCGCUACUACGCCCAGCCCCGCUCCUACCGGUCCACACACCGCCACCGUCCCGGCGCCUUUCCCCUCUCCUCACUCCCCAACGGGCCGUACGACGGCACCGGCCGCUCUGUCCACUUCUAUCGUGGGUCCUAG